CCCCGACCAAACCCUAUCUCACAUGUAGGAGACCUCUCCACUCCGACAGGCCAUGUCGCUCUGCCUCGGCCCAAGAAAUCUCGUCAGAGCUCCUUUCCUCCGCUACGCCUCGCGCCAUCGUGCCGCCUUCUCCUGCUCCAUGGCCACCACAACGGCGAGAGUCGGCGUCGUCCAGAUGACGUCCACGAAUGAUCUCGAUGCCAACUACAGCACCUGCUCUCGUCUCGUCAAGGAGGCAGCUGCUGCUGGUGUGAAAUUGCUUUGUUUUCCGGAGAACUUCUCCUUUGUAAGUGCCAAAGAUGGAGAUUCUCUUAAAAUAGCUGAACCUUUGGAUGGGCCAAUAAUGCAAAGAUAUUGUUCACUUGCACGAGAAUCAAAUAUGUGGUUGUCACUUGGAGGGUUUCAAGAGAAAGGACCUGAUGAUGUGCACUUGUGUAAUACACAUGUUUUGGUUGAUGAUUCUGGCAAGAUCAGAAAUAAAUACCAAAAGAUUCAUUUGUUUGAUGUAGAUGUUCCUGGGAACAUGGUAUACAAGGAAAGCAAUUUUACAGCUGCAGGUGAUAAAAUUGCUGUGGAGGACAGCCCUGUCGGAAGAUUGGGUCUUACAGUCUGUUAUGAUUUGAGAUUUCCAGAGCUUUAUCAGCUGUUGCGGUUUCAACACCAAGCACAGGUUUUGCUGGUACCAUCAGCUUUUACAAAAGUUACAGGGGAAGCACAUUGGGAAAUUCUUCUCCGUGCUCGCGCGAUUGAGACUCAAUGCUAUGUUAUAGCUGCAGCUCAAGCUGGAAGGCACAAUGAGAAAAGAGAGAGCUAUGGCGAUUCUCUGAUUAUUGAUCCAUGGGGAACAAUAAUAGCUCGACUUCCACAUCGUUUAUCAACUGGAAUUGCUGUAGCUGACAUUGAUUUCUCGAGGAUUGAUUCUGUGAGAACUAGAAUGCCGAUCUCUGAGCACCGGAGGUUCAGCAGUUGCUGGAAAUCCUCAUGCAUUUAAAUUUUUGAGACCGUUGCUGCUUGGACUGAUCCAUUGUGAAAUUCUAUGGAAUAUGUGGAAAAUAUUGUUUGUUUUCAUUGUUGAAGUAAAAGAAAGAUGCUUAUUUCAAGGUACAGAUGCUACUCACAACAUGAAACAGGUGAGACAUCAUAGCUUGUGGUUACUCUUACAAGGGGUCGUACAUUAUGGCACAUUGUGAAUAUGAUAAAACAAAGAAAAAGGAUCAUGCUGGUUUGCAA